CGCGACCCUCUGCCCGACCCCCCGGCCCCGGUAUUCAGCCCAUCCCGCAGUACAGAAUUUAAUUCCAGUUGGUUUCCGCAGUACUUCCGGUUGGAAGGCGAUGCCCCGCCCCUCACAGCUGAUAGGUCACAUGGUGCAGGGAGGGUCACAUGUCGCAGUGACAUCACCGGAGGCACCAGCAUCUCCAUAUGCGGCUACAGGAACUUGUUCCUCCCGGGGUUCCUCCGACCGGAAGUACCGAGGCACAGACCGGAAGUACCGGUGUAAGGGGGAGGCGGUAGUCAUGCCGAGGAGGAAGCAGUCCCACCCCCAGCCUGUUAAAUGGGGGAGUGAGGAUCCAUUAGAUCCCAACCCAAGCAGUCUCGUUCUAGAGAGGGAUCUCCUUCUGGGCCAUGAACUCGAGUUCUCUGACAGCAGCGACCGACUCCUCUCCUUCUGUAAAGAUUCCGAGGAUUCGGUGGUGUGCAAGAUGGAGAUCCCCUGUUACUCGCUGAGUGAGGACGAGUAUUCGGGGUACCGCCCCCUGAGUGCUGACAGUGACCCCGAUGAUGUUGGGAUGGGAGACCCGCUAGGGGACACGGGGCGCUGCCUGGAUCUGCCACUCGGGCACCGCUGCCUACCUUGCCUUACUUCUUCCUCCUCGGCAGGGGGCUCCCCUCCUCCCCUCAGCGCCCCCCCCACACACCCCUCUGGGCAGAAGGAACGUAUUCUCUUCCCCUGCCAACUCUGCCCCUUUUCCACGCACUAUUCCAGUCACCUCAAGCGCCACAUGAAGACGCAUAACGGUGAGAAACCCUUCCGGUGCCCGCACUGCCUCUAUGCCUCUGCCCAGCUGGUGAACCUCAAGCGCCACCUACGCACCCACACGGGCGAGAAACCCUUCCGCUGCGAGCACUGUGGCUUCUCCUGCAGCAGCCCGGGCAACCUGAAGCGCCACCAGCGCGUCCACACCCAGGAGAAGCCCUACUCCUGCAAUCUGUGCCCGUAUCGCUGCAACCAGAGCCGCAACCUCAAGCGCCACCUUCUGGGGCACCGACGCAGGGGGCAAGAGAGACAGCGCCGGGGAGCGGCCCCCCAGGAGGAGGAGGAGGAUGGAGCAGAGGCAGAAGAUGAAGAAGAGAAAAAGAUUAAACGGAGACAGACAGAAGAUGCCCCAACCCCGGCUCUUUCUAUUCCUUUCAUAUCGGGAGACCUUUCGGUGCCAACCUGUGCCCGCCUGAGCCGUGCUGCCUCACCCCCGGCGCCCCCUGCUGCCCCAGGCGACAGCCUUCCCGAGUUGCUGUUCCCGUUUACGUGCCAGACCUGCGGCUUGGUGCUAGACGAGGGCUGCCAUCAGGAUGGUGAGGAAGAGGAGGAGGAGGAGGAGGGGGCAGCGGAAGGGCAGUCGUGCUCUCGGUGCAGCACCUGCGCACUUGGGGGUCCCGGGAGUCCGGGCAAAGGAUUUUCCUGCGUCCUGUGCUCCUUCGUCACUCACUACCCCAACCACCUGUCGCGGCACAUGAAGACUCACAGUGGGGAGAAGCCGUACAAGUGCCAGCUGUGCCCGUACGCCUCUGCCCACUAUGACAACCUGAAGCGGCACCAGCGAGUGCAUACGGGCGAGAAGCCCUACAAGUGCCAGCUGUGUGACUAUGCCUGCGGCAACCUGGCAAACCUGAAGCGCCACGGGCGCAUCCACUCGGGGGACAAACCUUUCCGCUGCGGCCUGUGCAGCUACAGCUGCAACCAGAGCAUGAACCUGAAGCGCCAUAUGCUGCGCCACACGGGCGAGAAGCCCUUCCGCUGCGCCCAGUGCCACUACACCACCGGGCACUGGGACAACUACAAGCGCCACCAAAAGACUCACGGACACUCAGCGGAGGGCUGGACCCACCCCAGGCGCAGCAGCAAAGUGCAGCGUUACUCAGUAUAGACUAGUGCCCGGGGGUGAGUGGGUGGGAAAGGGGCAGCGAGGGCACGCAUGUUGCCUAGCUGUGUGAGGUUGGGGGGUAUCACAUAACAUAGAGGGCACAGAAUACAAAUGUCUCUCCCUGGCACAGUCGCACCAGUAGGGCAAAACCAAACAUCCUUAACCCUUAAAUUCCUACAAGGUGCCAUGUUACAUGCCCAUCAUCCUUGGCAUCACUUGCUCUCAGCUGGGCUCUUAUCUGCAUUUGAUUUGGGUUCCAGGCUCAUAAGAAGGGCAUAUGGGCAUGUUUUGUGCCUUGUACCCGUGCUCCAUGUGCCACCUUCUGCCUCUUGUGCCAUCUCCUGCUGCGUGUGCCACCUUCUCCUCCUUGUGUCACCUUCUGCUCCAUGUGCCACCUUCUGCUCCAUGUGCCACCUUCUGCUCCAUGUGCCACCUUCUGCUCCUUGUGCCACCUUCUGCUCCAUGUGCCAUCUCCUGCUCCAUGUGCCACCUUCUGCUCCUUGUGCCACCUUCUGCUCCUUGUGCCACCUUCUGCUCCUUGUGCCACCUUCUGCUCCUUGUGCCACCUUCUGCUCCAUGUGCCAUCUCAUGCUCCGUGUGCCACCUUCUGCCUCUUGUGCCAUCUCCUGCUCCUCGUGCCAUCUCCUGCUCCUUGUGCCACCUUCUGCUCCUCGUGCCAUCUCAUGCUCCGUGUGCCACCUUCUGCCUCUUGUGCCAUCUCCUGCUCCUUGUGCCAUCUCCUGCUCCUUGUGCCAUCUCCUGCUCCUUGUGCCAUCUCCUGCUCCUCGUGCCAUCUCCUGCUCCGUGUGCCACCUUCUGCCUCUUGUGCCAUCUCCUGCUCCUUGUGCCAUCUCCUGCUCCUUGUGCCAUCUCCUGCUCCUUGUGCCAUCUCCUGCUCCUCGUGCCAUCUCCUGCGCCUUGUGCCACCUUCUGCUCCUUGUGCCAUCUCAUGCUCCGUGUGCCACCUUCUGCCUCUUGUGCCAUCUCCUGCUCCUCGUGCCAUCUCCUGCUCCUUGUGCCACCUUCUGCUCCUCGUGCCAUCUCAUGCUCCGUGUGCCACCUUCUGCCUCUUGUGCCAUCUCCUGCUCCUUGUGCCAUCUCCUGCGCCUCGUGCCAUCUCCUGCUCCUCGUGCCAUCUCCUGCUCCUCGUGCCAUCUCCUGCUCCUCGUGCCAUCUCCUGCUCCUUGUGCCAUCUCCUGCGCCUUGUGCCAUCUCCUGCUCCUUGUGCCGCCUUCUGCUCCAUGUGCCAUAUGGGCGAGAAGCCCUUCCGUUUUGCCCAGUGCCACUACACAACCGGGCACUGGGAAACUACAUGGGACAUGUGCCCCCUUCUGCUCCUUGUGCCAACAUGUGACCCCCAGACUCCCCCGUCUCUCUCACCCACCAGUACAGACCCCCCCGCACCCACACUUUGCACAUAUCAAGCACUUCCCCGUGCCCCAGGCUGUGCCCCCCAGUAGGACUGUUUGACUGCAGUGUUGUGUCCGGCCUGGGGGGGCGCCCUUGUACAGAGAGUUAAAGGGACAGUCUCACCUGCAUGAACCAAGAAAAGGGAAUUAUUUAUUGUUGCGCAAUCCGCUGGGUUCUGGUUCCUUUAUCCGGAUUGGGUUUAUUUGGGUUCAAGUAUUUUGAUAUUGGAAGUUACAGUGAAAAUGUUGAAUUCUCAGAAGCACAGUAUUUAAAGGGCAACUAAAAGACUUUUCACUGCU